AUGGGCUGUCCAGCACGCAUCUGCACCCCUGUUUUCCAGGACGGAAGUGUCGGCAGUGUUUGCGGUGAAAGGGAUCAGGAUGUGGUGAUCGAUCCUACCGACCCGGUGCGCCUGAGCCAGGAACAGGUCCCCGUGGAAACCGAAAUGGCCGCGACUCCGGAAAGCCCGGAUGCUGGCACCGCGCAGGCUGAAGCUCAAGAAGCUCAAGGAGCUCAAUCCUGCGAUGAAGACGAUGAUCCCAGUGAGGCAGUGGGUCAAAAGCGAGUCACCAUUGCCAGCGGGUCUUCCGUUUCGAACGUGGAUUCCCGCUUCACGCUGUACCAGACCUUGAGGAGCCAGGGCCAGCAUGAGGAGGCCGAGCGGGUGAAGUCCAUGAAGCUGCAGCACAUUGACCAGGAGCUCUUGGACUUGCUCGUCAAGUGGGACGAGACGGGCGACGGUCGCUUUGAGAUGUCUGAGGUCGUUAAGAUUGCCAGCUACUACAAGGACAAGCACACGCAAGUGAGGGUUCUCCAGAAGCGCAUCCUUGCGCUCAUCUUCGGCUUGCUGUUGAUUUUCCUGGGUGGUGUUGGUGGCAUCUUCGCCGUGGGCUUCGAGUAUUUCUUCCCAAUCAGAGCCAGUGAAGCUGACCCCGUGUUGCGCCAGAAGGACACCGGCCUCCCAAUCAGGACUGCGAGCUCGGACUUCGAACUGGUGGAUGGCAUGCUCCUGUCACGUCAGAGCGACGCGGAUCACAGUGACAACGGCCCGUCGCCUUUCGACAUUGUGAGGGUGGGUGUGAAUGUCCAGCGCAAGAAGAUCUCCAGCGGAUGUGCCUUCUCGGAAGAAUCCUUGCAGUCAUGGACCUCCGUUGAGAUCACCUGCAUGGAUCAGAAGGCCUUCUUUCCUGUUGGCAGCGCGAAGCUGCUGGCAAGCGUCUCGUGGAUCUCCACCGCUGGCUGGCUCGUCCGCCUGGAGCUGCAGAACAGUGGCACCAUCAUUCUGGACGGCGGCGCGGCCUACUUCGAUGAGGCGCUUGUUGGCCAUCUGGAGGCUUCUCGGAGUACUGGUUGUACACAGUAG